GCUAUCAUCAAGCUAAAGUGCCAGGUACACACACUGUCGUAGUUCAUUAGCAUUGGUGCAGCAAGUAUCCAUGAUGCACCUACUUAGAACAGCUCGUGCUGCUCUGGGGAAAUGCUCCAUUACAAGUAAAAGUGCUGUGUCAAAAGUAAAAGUACUCCAAGCUAAUAAAAGUAUCCUGGGACUUGUGCAUUUUAAUGUCAUUAUUUUAUUAUUACUUUUCCAUUAAAGCAGCAUUUUACUGUUGCAAUGGAUUCAGGUGGGGAUUUAUACCCAGCUAGUUUAUGUGUAAUUACAACUAAUGGUUAUGCACGGGAUGGAUUAUCUUCUAGAUUCAUUAUCUGGUUCGUGAAAAGUUAUUUAAAGCUGUCAUCAAGGCAUUUGUAAUUUAUAUUUAUUGUUUUUAUUUAGUUAAUAUUGUCUUACAGAAGAUUCAAAUCUUUCUGUUUUUGUAUGUACUGUUGGGUAUUGUUAUCUGAGUAGAACUAUAAAGUGGAAUUGAAAGAAAAUACUCAAGUAAAGUGAAAGUACCUGAUUUGUACUAAAUAAUUAAAGUACUAAAUUAGUUUAUCUUUACAAAUGUUCCUGUAUUUGUAUAUACUUUUGGGUAUAUGUAUCGGUAAUCAAGCUUUAUAGUUAGUCUUUAUCUGGUUUUAAUGCAAAAGUAAAGUGACUAGAUAAAUGUCAUGGAGUAAAGAUAAAGAAAAUACUCGAGUAAAGUAAAAGUAUCUUAAUUUUGUACUAAAUAAUCAAAGUGCUAAAUUAGUUGUUUAUCAAAAACAUAUAGAGUACAACAAUAAUGUUUUGUGGAUAUUGUAUCUAUUACCUGACAUGCACAAUUAAAAUUUUUCCUUUCCACAUCUCCUAUCGUCCUUUAAAAGACUUCAGCAUGUGCAUGAGUCAAUAUUAUGAAAUAAACUGCUUUUAACUGUAUUUCAAAUACUAUUCAAUCUUUUCCACCUCAAGCAACAUAAACUAAGCUGUGCAACAGGAGGCUAUUAUCUGAGCUGAAUUUAGAAAACUGUAUUACAUGUUACUACAACAAAUUUCUCCAUUAUACUAUCCAUUUCUGUUCACUGACACCAGCCAUGACUUUCUCCAAGCAGUGCAUUCACUGAGCACAACAGCCUCUGGUUUUCUAUUGGCCAGUUUCUGACAGGGAGGGCCUUCCAGGAGGCCGGCACCCAGGCAGGAAGGGGGGGUGGCUGGAAAGGUUUCAGCCACAGUUGGACAGACUGUUUUUCACUGUUGUGAAGAGAAGAUCUUUGCUAACUGAAUCCUCAGGACAGAUAGGAGGAUACAGGCUGUUCUUGCUGUCAACGUCUUCCCAAACGAGCUUCCUUAAAGUUGUAGCUCUGUCGUAGAUCCUCGGUGUGGAACAAAACUUCUUUAGUGCUGCAUUUCGUGGGAGAGAUCACCAAUAGAAAGUGCCUUUGAGAAGAUAUCCCCAACUUGAAGUUGAUCUGUGUAGAUUGGGCUGUGUCUAUGCUGUUUUUAAGACCAGACUCAAGCACCAGCACAGGAUUUCUCAGCUGCAAGCACUUCAACACCACUUUGCAUAUUUUGAGAACCUGAUAUUUAGCUAAAAUAGAGCCGUAAUUGUGAAUUAUGACCUGAGAAUGACUAAAGGAUCGAGUCUACAUUAAAUUUCACUCACUUGACUGAUAUUUAUGGGCAAUAUACACUUGGAGUUGACGUAAACAAAAAUAAAACACAACUACAAUUAUUUCCCAUUGAUGGGUGGUUUCUUAGCUAUCUCAUCUUUCUGUUCCAGCUGAUGGAGGACUCACCAGGUUGUCUUAAAACAGGACUUUGUUCAUACGGUCAACCUACAGCUUUCAGUGCAUGAGGCGCACAACAACAAGAUUGACUUUUAAAAUUUAAUGCACUAGAAAAUCUUUGGACAUGGCGUUGAACCUCUCUUCAGUAAGAGACACAAAAUGGCUAACUCUGGAGGUGUGCCGGCAGUUUCAGCGGGGCAACUGUACUCGUAGGGAUGACGAAUGCAAAUUUGCUCACCCGCCGAAGAGCUGCCAAGUUGAAAAUGGUCGAAUUAUCGCCUGCUUUGACUCGCUGAAGGGCCGAUGCUCAAGAGAGAACUGCAAGUACCUUCAUCCACCUUCGCACUUAAAAACCCAAUUAGAGAUAAAUGGGCGCAACAAUUUAAUCCAGCAGAAGACUGCAGCAGCUGUACUCGCCCAACAGAUGCAGCUUGUGAUGCCUGGACCUAGUCUGCAGCCCAUGGGACUUGGCACAAAUACCGGUCUUGGUUAUGGUUCAUACAUGACACCAAUGAGCCAUGGAAUGAGUCUGAUUCCCUCAGACAUCCUCCAAAACACCUCAGUUCUUCUUCCCGGGAGUCAACCUAUGACAGUCCACAGUUCCUCUUCUUCCUCCUCUUCCUCUCCCUCACAGAAGCUGCAGCGUUCAGACAAACUAGAGGUCUGUCGUGAGUUUCAGCGGGGGAACUGUGCGAGAGGGGAGACAGAUUGCCGCUUUGCUCACCCCAGCGACAGUCCCAUGAUUGACACCACUGACAACACUGUCACUGUUUGCAUGGACUAUAUCAAGAGCCGCUGCUCCCGGGAGAAGUGCAAGUAUUUUCACCCGCCUGCACACUUGCAGGCCAAAAUCAAGUCCAGUCAACAACAACAAGUCGGUCAGUCAGCCGUCGCAGCCCAGGCCGCAGCUGCAGCAGCCGCGACUCAGUCGACUGCCAAAGCAAUGAAGCGACCCCUCGAGGCAACUGUAGACCUGGCCUUUCCCCACAGUGUCCUGCAAUCCCUACCAAAGAGACAAGCCCUAGAGAAGAGCGGCUGGGUCAGCUCUCUCCUUAGCCCCAGUUUUUUGCACUACCAUCAGGCUCUGGCCAAUGCGCAGAUGCAGCAGCAAACAGCAUUUUACGCCCCAGGGUCUGUCUUUUGCAUGACUCCACAUAACAGCAUGGUCCCCAUGAUGUACAGUGCUGCGCCUGCUACUGUCUCUGCAGCAACUACUCCCGCCACAGGUGUCCCCUACGCAGCAACAGCAACAGCCAAUCAGAUCAUCCUCAAGUAACCACCAGAAACAGGAGUCAGUGCCAUGUUGCUGCUGUUAAAGGUUCCAAACAGCCGAUCUGUAAAUACUCUGUGAACGCCACGCACCACACACAACAAGCUGCAUGCUGAUAAACAUCACUGGUGGAAAACUUGUAGACUCAACUUAAAUCUAUGGUAAUAAAUGACGUAAGGAUUACUAGGAUUAUACUCUGCUAGAUAAAUGUCACAGAAGAUUAUUGUAUGUGCAUGCCUUUGCACCUGAAUUAACAUGCAUCCUCAGUAAUGUGCAGAACAACCUGGUUCCUAUUUCCCAAACCAUUUCUGACCUGGUCAGAGGGCGUUCAGCCUCUUAAUGAGCUGAAAUCCACCGUGUCUCAAAUUCUCUUAUCACAGCCUCAUGAAUAAAAAUGAGCUUUUCUUGACAAAGUCAAACAGGAAACAGAUGGAAACCAGACCAAAAUUUAUUUCACUCACAAUAGAAGUUACACUAAGAGUGUACGAGUUGAGCCUUGCACAUCCAAUCUGAGAUCAGUUCUCAAUGUGUCCACAGAACAUGUUAAUGCCGGGUGUAAUGGGGACCUAUAUUGGAGCUUGUUUAAAUUCUAUCAACAUAUAUUUCUCUUAUUUGAAUGUCUCAUAUAACCUAAGUUUUUUCACAUAAAUGAUUGUUUAUCUAGUGCCAGAUUUUAUUAUUCUAAGCUUACUCAUAAAAAGCACUUAUUUUAACUUUAAACUCAAAUGUACAAAUUUCAUUGGACAGCAGGCUGUGGGGGUAGUAGUCUUUUUCCCUAGUUAUCCCCAGAAAGCAGGAUCAGUGCUCCACCUCCUGGUGUGCCUUUGCAUUGCAUAUACUGUACAUACUAUUUGUUGGUAGGAAGUAAAGCAGCAGUAAUUCAAACUGUUAAUUUCCCCCACCUUUGUUAUCCCCCAAAAAAGAAAAACCUUUGUGUUUUAUUGGGCAACGUGAUGGUCGACUCAUUGAUGUUCCCGAGUGGUGGUUUUCUCCUCUGGGGCAGGUCUCACAAAGAUAGUCUUUGACUCUGUCUUAAUUAGGUCAAACUUAUAACUUAAUAUAUUCAGUCUGUGUCUUAGUGACAUUAAGUGUACAAAGACACGUAUAAUAGCAUAACAUGUCAAUGCAGCGCAGCAGAGAUGAGCUACUAUGGCUCCUUAACAGACUCAGAACCUCUGGUAACUUAUUACUCGGGUUUAGAAAAGCUUCCAUGUGCAAAACCCUUCUUAUUACUCCACAACAUUAUAAGAAAACCUCAACCCUCACCCUAACCCUAACCCCCCUUAGUCCUGACAAAGGUUUCAGUGUAAUAAAGCUCAUGUGGGCUGGGACCUUGUAUGUGCGUGACACAAAAUAGAACUCAUGGGCCUCAUGCUGCAACCCAGUCUAAAAGAUCUUUGUGAAACCAGCCCCUGGCUUGAAGACGAGCCUCCACAGCCAUUAUAGUUAACUCAGUAACGGGGUGUGUGAGUACUGUGUGACUCCUGUGAUCCUAUAAUGUUCGAGUGGUGUGCGAGCAGUUAGUCUUAAUACGACAGUCAGCUGUCAGUACUGUAUUAUUUGAAAUUUACAAGUGCCUAAUGAAUUCUGCAUGCAACUACAUCGAAGCAUAUUUAAAAAGGGUUUGUGUGGAAAAACUGUUCAAUUAAAUCUACUCAACGUAACUCACAGUUAGGAAGAAAUAUUUAGCGAUGCCAUGUCAGUGCAUUAGUAUGUUGUGUGUGCACCUGUUUAGAUUUAGUCCUUCAAAUCAUUUUCACUUUUGUGAAACUCACUUCAAUGUGUAUGUACUGUAUGUACAAUGUAUACGAAUGGAUAUUCAGCUUACCUUUUAUUUAGUUUCACAUUUAAGAUGAUACUGUUGAACUAGUUAAAUGCACACAGUAAAAUACUUUAUGUAGUAAAGUAGAAUUUAAGUGAGUAGACAUUUUGUCAACGCGUAGUUGCGUAUGAGUGGAACCACAAUAUGCAAUUGGCUGUCUUUGUUUAAAACUCAGAGCAAACAGAGGUGGCGUCAUCUCUGGUUAAGUGAAAAAACAAAACUGAUGUUAAAAAUAGUUUUCACUCAUAUAUGUAUGUUCUCUUGAACAUCUUUUAUAUAAGUUUUAGUUCCCUCUUUUGCCGUGUGUGAAAAUAUCAACCUUUAUUUGAAUGCUGUCCGACGUCUUUUCAAGUUUAAAUGUGUGUGUACACGUGUGAUUAACUCAGACGAUCCACCGAGAGAAACUGCAUUUGUUGACACUUUCAUUAUGUAUUUUCAUUGUGAAAAUGUACACAUUAUUGGAUAUGAAUAUAUGGAGUAUACUUGCAUACAGUAUUUUACUAGUUUAACCUUAGCUAAGAACACAUUUAAAAUGUAUUCACUUCUAUUUUACGAUGAAUGUAAUUUAUUAAAGUGACGUUAGUUCUGCCGCAGGUUCCUCAAAGGGCCAUGAUCUGUUGUUUUAGCCUUUGAAAAGUCGUCUCUGUUGAGGGAUGAGACGUUGGAGCAAAGAGUAGCUUCAGACGUUUCAUCCUUUUCACUGCCUUGUCAACUGUGAGGGAAAACAAACCUUUGUACGAUCGAGGCAAUGGAAUAGUUAUUAUGUAUAAGAGUGUAUCGUUCGUACCACAUUUGACAAACUUGUUCUCUGUUUGUUGACUCCUCACAAUAACACAUUAGAUUGUACUGUCAGUUGUUUGACUUUAUUAAGUCAUGGUGAAACACUGUAAGUGAGCCAGUGCAUAAAGAAAUAAUCAGAAUUUAUUUGUUUGACAUAGUUUCCUCUGUAUGUGUACAUCCCCAAAAAAUAUCCACCGCAGAUUGAACUACACUGUUUUAAACUUUUUUCUACAUACAUACAUAUAUAUAUAUAUAUAUAUAUAUGAUUACUUUUAAAUUUCGGUUGUCAUUAGACAGAUUAAUUUCCAUAAUUUAUUAUAUAAAAGGCAUAUUUCUGAAUGUUUGUUUCAUGUUUUGGCAAAAAGCUUGAAUGUCACUAUACGCCUGCAUAUGGAGGUUGUUAUGAUAUUUUGAUCACCUAGUCUAAAUUAAAUGGACAGUAAGAAUGUUUGGUCUCACUGACUGACGGAAACAUUUGUCUUAAGCACUUUGUCGACAGUCAGACGACUGAGAAGACAUGCUUUUGUGAACUUUGCCUUAUCUUAGAACCUAUUCCUAAGUUUGCAUUUGUUCAGUAAUUGUGAGUUCAAUAUUGUUGAGUAACUAAAACCGAUUUGUGAAAUUGUCGCUUCGUGUUUUUUUAUUUUUUUUAUUUAAGGCCACAAUGAAAGAUUGUAAAACAAACGUUAACACUAGCCUGAAGCUUGAUAUUAUAAGGCUACAUUUCUUUAAGGUUAUUUUCAAAUUUAACAGAUUUCUGAUGAAGCCAAUGCUAUUGGAUUAUGUUCUGGCCUGAAUAAAGACCUUCACUCUUUUUUUAUGCUUUUUUAAAAUUAUUGUGAAAAUAAUUUUACUUGUGCAUAAUAAAGCAUUUCAUGUGGAUAGUUUGGUUCAUGUAAAUUCAAAAUUGUGUAAAACCUAAUAUUGCAAACAAAUAAAUAAAUGUCAUGUACAUUCAA